GGCCGGCCUCUAUACACGUGCCUGACGUUGCUCAAAAAUUCGUGAGACAAGAAUAUACAAGUCGAAAAGGCGCGAUCCAUUAUCGCGGAUCGCGGCAACAUCUAGUGCCUGCUGCUUGCGGAUAAAUCAAUGGAAUUCAUUUUCCUUGAAGAGGGUUUUCGUCUCUUGCACUUCCUUUUGGAGCAAGAUCGUUGACCGGACCAUCUUUGACUCAUGUGACUGAUGAGUUACUGAGUUGUGUUUGUGCCCUCGUCGUUUGACCUUUCCUAGUCAGCGUUGACCUUCACCAACCCUGCAGUGCCAUCGUCAUUCAUCAUUCAUCAAAAUACCAUUCACGGAUUCGUCGAGGAUUCCUUGAACUUGAAAAUUCGACCUUGCUCUAAAAAAGGAAAACUAAGAUGUCGAAGGAAAGAGCUUCGCGACGAUUUUAUCGUUUAGACAGUACAAAUGAUUUGCUAGGAAAUAUGGACCAUGGUCUAAUGGCCCAGAUUGAAAAUCGAUGGAAUUUUGAAGUCUCUUGGGAAGCUGCAAACAAAGUUGGUGGGAUUUACACCGUCAUCAGAUCAAAAGCCUUUGUUUCUACUGAAGAAUUGGGCGAUCAGUAUAUUUUAAUUGGUCCUUACAAGGAAGCGUGUGCGAGAACGGAAGUUGAAGAAAUGGAUUUUCCUUCUAACAGUCCUUUAAACAAGGCAGUCCAAAUUAUGCGGGAAAAGGGAUUUAAGGUAGUAACAGGAACCUGGUUAGUAGAUGGGAAUCCUCAAGUAAUCUUAUUUGACAUUGGAAGUGCAGCAUGGAAAUUGGAUGAUUAUAAGGCGGAACUGUGGAACACGUGCCAUCUCGGCAUACCGCAUCUAGAUUCGGAAGCCAACGAUGCAAUUAUUCUUGGCUACAUGGUUUGCCAAUUCAUAUCAGAAUUCAAAAAAGCUGCGGAGGAAUUUUCAACAGCUCCACCUCGAAUUGUCGUUCACUGUCACGAAUGGCAAGCUGGAGUUGGUUUAAUAGCUUUACGGACGAGACAUGUUGAGGUCGCUACUGUUUUCACUACACACGCAACUCUCCUCGGAAGAUACCUCUGCGCAGGAAAAACUGACUUUUAUAAUAAUUUGGACAAGUUUAGUGUAGACGAAGAGGCAGGAAAGCGGCAGAUUUAUCACAGAUAUUGCAUGGAACGUGCAGCAUCCCAUCUCGCACACAUUUUUACGACAGUUUCAGAUAUAACAGGUUUGGAGGCUGAACAUUUGUUGAAAAGGAAACCCGACAUAAUCACACCCAACGGAUUAAACGUGAAGAAAUUUUCGGCGCUGCACGAGUUUCAGAACUUGCACGCGGUCAGCAAAGAAAAGAUUCACGAAUUCGUAAGGGGUCACUUCUAUGGGCACUACGAUUUUGACUUGGACAAGACUCUUUAUUUUUUUACCGCCGGACGAUAUGAAUUCGGAAAUAAGGGCGCCGAUAUUUUUAUUGAAGCUUUGGCUAGAUUAAAUCAUUACUUAAAAUCGUCCAAACCCGACACUACUGUUGUCGCAUUCCUCAUUUUUCCAACACGCACAAAUAAUUUUAACGUAGAGUCGCUUCGUGGUCAUGCGGUCACGAAAUCGCUUAAGGAUACGAUAGAUGAGAUACAACAAAAGAUCGGCAAGAGAAUGUACGAAUCUUGCUUAUCAGGUCAUCUGCCAGAAAGUCAAAAUAUUUUAUUGAAAGAAGAUUUGAUCAAAAUUAAGAGGUGUUUGUACUCCUUGCAAAGGAACACACUGCCACCGGUUACCACCCACAAUAUUGUAGACGAUUGGAAUGAUCCAGUAUUAAGCGCGAUAAGGAGAUGUAAUCUUUUCAACUCUGUGCAUGAUCGCGUAAAGGUAGUCUUCCAUCCCGAAUUUUUGUCUUCGACAAAUCCCCUUUUUGGUCUCGAUUAUGAUGAGUUCGUCAGAGGAUGCCAUUUAGGAGUUUUCCCGUCGUAUUAUGAACCUUGGGGAUACACACCGGCAGAAUGUACAGUAAUGGGGAUUCCAAGUAUAACCACUAACCUCUCAGGUUUUGGAUGCUUCAUGCAGGAACAUAUAGCGGAUCCAAUGAGCUACGGAAUUUAUAUCGUCGAUCGUAGGUACAUUGGACUGGAAAACAGUGUUCAACAGCUUGCACAGUACAUGUACGAUUUCGCUCGACUUAAUCGUAGACAGCGUAUCAUUCAGAGGAAUCGUACCGAGCGAUUGAGUGAUCUUCUGGAUUGGAGAAGUCUUGGAGUUUAUUAUCGCCAGGCAAGAAUAAAGGCUCUGUGCACCGUUUAUCCUGAUCUUGAGACUGAGUUUGCCAUAGGAAAUGUGGGUAAAUUGAAUUAUCCAAGGCCAAUCAGCGAACCCCCAUCGCCAUCUUCUUCUCGACAUACGACACCUGCUGCUUCGGUUCACGGAUCCGACGAAGAAGAUGAGGUCGAUGAAGAGAAGGAGCUUGAAGAAUUGCGAGAAGCGAGAUAAAAUAAAUCACUGCAACACUCGGCACCAGCACUAUUUUCUAUAAACUAGAGCCACAUUUAGAAUGCGCAAUAAUUUUUAUCCAAUUAACUUUAGUGCCGCACAGAGCUCGAAUCAGUCUUCCACUCUGGAUGCAAAGAAGAAACCAACUUAUUUAAACAACAGUAGUAAUAGAGACAUCUAUAAAUGCUGCACUGUCAAUAAGUAAUAUUGUUUAUCUGUUAAAACCACAACAACGAAUUAACAGUUUUAUCAUUUACAAAUGCGAAUAUAUUAUUGCUAAUAAUCGUGAUCAAUGUUGAAUUUGUUUUUUGAUGAAUUAUAGGAUUUAUUGAAUCGUUGAACAUAGUCAAAAUAUGGAAUUCUUAGAACUGUUAAAAUAUGUAUAUUUUCGAUCAUCAAAAGAAUUUAUACAAGGAUGUGAAUUUUACUCAAAAAGUGCGAUCUACGCGAUUCGUUAAUCGUGCAGGUCUAACUCUUUUGCUCAGAUGACGUUUAUCAGUUUUGUAAUGAUUUGUAGAUUUAAAUGUAUUAUUAUCAUUCACAAAUAGUGAAUGCACGUGUAGAACAUGAAAAUCGUUUUUAUAAAGAGUAGCAGUUUAAUAAAAGUUUGCGACAAAAUUA